AACGUGUCAUGGACGACAUGUCAUGUCAACCUUAAAAUGUGUUUUAUGUGAAAUGUAUCGCUAAAUAAUUGAUAAAAACACGACCUUGAACUGUAUGUCUCGCAUUUUUAAUAUUAUAAAUUAAAAAAUAAAGUAAACAACACUUCGUAUCUUGCAUAAGGUAUCAUUUUAACUUUAAUUUUGGAUGAAAAAUAUACUUAUGUUGGUACUUUGUAAGAUAUGGAAAAUAAGGGCGUAGCAGAAAGAAUGUAAAUGGUUACAAGAGAAGAGAAAGACCGAAGCAAGUAUGAAUGAUUGAAUAAAAGUAAAAUAAUUCAUACAAGAAGUCCAAUACGUAAAAGACAUAUUUUUAAAGUUCAACAAAAUGACCGAAUCGGGUGAGAAUUCUGAAACUGCAACUGUGGAUACUAAGAAACAAGCAAAGGAAAUACUUGUGAUACAAGACGAAGGUUUCUUUGUACAUGAUACUGGGGAUACUUACAAUGGUUCUUUUGAGGUGAAGAAAAAAGAUAGAAGUAUCAAAAUGCAUGGUCCUGGAAUUUAUACAACCGCAGAAGGUGACGCAUACGCUGGUUACUGGGAGAACGAUAAGUUGGGCGUCAACGAUGAGGUGAUGAUAUCGUAUCAGGACGGAUCCAGGUACCAGGGUCUGCUGAAGGAUUGGUGCUAUACCGGCCGCGGUAGAUACUACUACCCAGACGGCACUAUACUGCAGUGCGAGUUUGUGGAUAAUUGCCCUGUUGGUAAUCUGACCCUUAUAGAUCCCAAUGGACAUACUUGGCUGGGAAAAGCUGAACAUGGGUACUGUUGGUUUCAACCUGUUAACCAUCUAUACGUAAUGUUGGAAACUCGCAAACGACGAUAUGAAACUAUGAAAGUAUUGACGUGAAAUAUAAGAGUUAUUUUUUAAAAUGUUACAAUAAAGUUAUUUUCAUUCUGA